GCCGUUUCGAGUAGAGUCUCCUUUUUUCUGUCGCGCUGUACCGGACCGGCUGUUUAACUCGGAAUAACGGGAACAGUACGGGAAGUUGAACCCGGUUAGAAAAACAAGAGCGACGGGGAUCCAAAGCGGAAAAUAAACGGAACGAAUCUCCUCUAAACUCAUCCGAAAAGAAGAAGCGGUGUAUCCUCGCGCGAUGGAGGCGGCGCGAGACGCUGCGCCUGACUCGUGGGAGCAGGAGCUCGAGGCCCCGGUGCGCGCGCUCUCCGGUCUGAACGUGAACGCGGCCGAGUUCGUGCCCACCUUCCUUCAGAUGGACAGCGGGCCGAAGAGCGCUGAUGAUGCGGCUCCUGAAAAUGACGCCAGCGUUGAGGUCUCGGAACCUGAAGCGUCUCCGCCCGUGGAGAACGGAGCCGGGGACGCCGAGCUGGCCGCCGAGGACGAGAGCUGGGAUCAGAAGGGAGGGGAGGAGGACUCGCCCCAGGAGGAGGCCAUGGAGGAGGACGAGGAGGCGCCCAAGCCCAAAGUGAUUCCGCCUCAGCCGAACGCACCCAAGAAGGAGCACGUCAACGUGGUGUUCAUCGGCCAUGUGGAUGCUGGCAAAUCGACCAUUGGAGGACAGAUCAUGUAUCUGACAGGCAUGGUGGAGAAGAGAACGCUGGAGAAGUACGAGAGGGAAGCCAAGGAGAAGAACAGGGAAACCUGGUACCUGUCCUGGGCCCUCGAUACCAACCAGGAGGAGCGAGACAAGGGUAAAACGGUGGAGGUGGGCAGGGCGUAUUUCGAGACCGAGAAGAAGCACUUUACCAUCCUCGACGCUCCGGGACACAAGAGCUUCGUCCCCAACAUGAUCGGAGGCGCCUCGCAAGCCGAUUUAGCCGUGCUGGUGAUCUCGGCCCGUAAGGGGGAGUUCGAGACGGGAUUUGAGAAAGGAGGCCAGACGCGAGAGCACGCCAUGCUGGCCAAAACGGCGGGGGUCAAGCACCUGAUCGUCCUCGUCAACAAGAUGGACGACCCCACCGUGAACUGGAGUUUGGAGAGGUACGAGGAGUGCAAGGAGAAGCUGGUGCCGUUUCUGAAGAAGGUGGGCUUCAACCCUAAGAAAGACAUUCAUUUCAUGCCAUGUUCGGGACUCACCGGGGCCAACCUGAAGGAACCGGUCGAGCACUGCACCUGGUACACAGGUUUACCGUUCAUUCCACAUCUGGACAACUUGCCAAAUUUGAACAGAUCCAGUGACGGACCAGUGAGAUUACCGAUCGUGGAUAAGUACAAGGACAUGGGCACGGUGGUUUUGGGCAAACUGGAGUCCGGAAGCAUCAGCAAAGCCCAGCAACUCAUAAUGAUGCCCAACAGGCACACCGUAGAGGUCCUGAGCCUGCUCUCGGACGACGUCGAGACGGACGACGCCGGGCCCGGGGAGAACCUCAAGCUCCGGCUCAAAGGCAUCGAGGAGGAGGAGAUCCUGCCCGGCUUCAUCCUCUGUACCUCGGAGAGCCUCUGCCAUUCCGGACGCACCUUCGACGCUCAGAUCGUCAUCAUCGAACACAAGUCCAUCAUCUGUCCGGGAUACAACGCCGUCCUGCACAUUCACACCUGCAUCGAGGAGGUGCAGAUCACGGCGUUAAUCUGUCUGGUGGAUAAGAAGUCGGGAGAGAAGAGCAAGACGCGACCCCGCUUCGUCAAACAGGACCAGGUGUGCAUCGCCCGCCUCCGGACCGCAGGGACCAUCUGCCUCGAGACCUUCAAAGACUUCCCUCAGAUGGGCCGCUUCACCCUGAGGGAUGAGGGUAAGACCAUCGCCAUCGGGAAGGUGCUGAAGCUGGUAGCUGAGAAGGACUGAGAGCUUCGGCGGGCGAGUAGCGGAGCAGCAGCCGAGCAUGGAGGAGAGUUGGGCGUUGCGGCAGGAGCAACACGUUCCCGGCCUUCCUGCCCUCCUGAAGAUCAGCUCACCAGAAACCCACCUUGUCUAACAAACCAACAAAUCUGUUUUUAAAGCAAACGAAAAAAUUAUAAUAAUAAUUUCAGUCCUACCACACGUGUCAAGCUUUCUCAUAUUGAGAGCUCAGCAGUGCCAUUUUUGUUUCGGUUUCCCCCUCGCCAGACUCCAGAGACGGUUGCGUUUUGUCGUCGUUUCUAUCCGGACGCGGGAUGCCGCGGCGGCAGAACACACUCCGAUACCGCGUGGACCAGAGUGCGCUCGCGUGACCCUCAAGUCUGAAACGAUUCACCGGCCGAAACCGAAACGUUGAUUAUAUGGGUCGUUAUCGUCUCUCUUUGCUUAAACACACUUUGGUUUUUCUUCUCGUAGCGUUCCUGCCACGUGCACGGGUGCUCCUCACAUGUUAUUAAAGCAACUUCUAUGACAAUAAAAUAUUAAAUUGGGGAAAUGAUACGA